GGCGAUGGUGACACAUGCGGCGGCGGCGCGCCGGCGGCAGGACCAUGGUUGAGCGCGCCAGCAAGUUCCUGCUGGUGGUGGCGGGCUCGGCGUGCUUCAUGCUCAUCCUGUACCAGUACGCGGGCCCGGGGCUGAGCCUGGGCGCGCCCGGCGGCCGCGCGCCUCCCGACGACCUGGACCUGUUCCCCACGCCCGACCCGCACUACGAGAAGAAGUACUACUUCCCGGUGCGCGAGCUGGAGCGCUCGCUGCGCUUCGAUAUGAAGGGCGACGAUGUGAUCGUCUUCUUGCACAUCCAGAAGACGGGCGGCACCACCUUCGGCCGCCACCUCGUGCAGAACGUGCGCCUGGAGGUGCCCUGCGACUGCCGGCCCGGCCAGAAGAAGUGCACCUGCUACCGGCCCAACCGCCGCGAGACCUGGCUCUUCUCCCGCUUCUCCACGGGCUGGAGCUGCGGGCUGCACGCCGACUGGACCGAACUCACCAACUGCGUGCCCGGCGUGCUGGACCGCCGCGACCCCGCCGCGCUGCGCACGCCCAGGAAGUUCUACUACAUCACCCUCCUGCGGGACCCUGUGUCCCGCUACCUGAGCGAGUGGCGGCACGUGCAGCGCGGGGCCACAUGGAAGACCUCACUGCACAUGUGUGACGGGCGCACACCCACGCCCGAGGAGCUGCCGCCCUGCUACGAGGGCACGGACUGGUCAGGCUGCACGCUGCAGGAGUUCAUGGACUGCCCCUACAACCUGGCCAACAACCGCCAGGUGCGCAUGCUGGCCGACCUGAGCCUGGUGGGCUGCUACAACCUGUCCUUCAUCCCCGAGGGCAAGCGGGCCCAGCUGCUGCUGGAGAGCGCCAAGAAGAACCUGCGUGGCAUGGCCUUCUUCGGCCUGACCGAGUUCCAGCGCAAGACUCAGUACCUGUUCGAGCGGACGUUCAACCUCAAGUUCAUCCGGCCCUUCAUGCAGUACAACAGCACGCGGGCGGGCGGCGUGGAGGUGGACGAGGACACCAUCCGGCGCAUCGAGGAACUCAACGAUCUGGACAUGCAGCUCUACGACUAUGCCAAGGAUCUCUUCCAGCAGCGCUACCAGUAUAAGCGGCAGCUGGAGCGCAGGGAGCAGCGCCUCAGGAGCCGAGAGGAGCGCCUGCUGCACCGCGCCAAGGAGGCCCUGCCAGGCGAGGACGCUGAGGAGCCAGGCCGCGUGCCCACUGAAGACUACAUGAGCCACAUCAUCGAGAAGUGGUAGUGGUGGUGGCUGUGGGGAGGCCUUGCAGGGCAGGGUGAGAUGGGUCAUGGGCCAACAUGCAAAGGGGCCCACCCAAAACUGCUGGGAGACCCUACGCCCACUCACCAGAAGGCAAAUGUGUCCUGGGAACGGGUAGGGCCGGGUGUCCUUGCUGUUCCCCAGGCAGAGCCUGAUAGAUCGCUGUGUCCAGCCUUCAGGGCUGAGGGAAGAAGCAUGCUGGAAAGAUGCCCCAAGUGUGGUGGGUGGCGUGGUGGGGCCUCUGGAGCAGGAGGCCCGCCUGCUGCCCCUCUCCCUUACUGUCACAUCCACUAAUGGUUUGGAAAACGAGACAAAAGACACUGGAGAGAGGAUGAGCUGGCCCAGGAGUCCCACACCAGCUAUGCACAUACCUGCGCUCACCCCUGCUGUGCGGCCCAGUGGGGGCAGCAGGCCAGCUUCCAGAGCCAACCCAGCACCCCUUGGCCUCUGGGGGCCCCGGUGCCCUGGACCUGGGAAGCCACCUCCCCAGGAGCACAGCAGUUCCAGGGGCCUCGGGACUGGAGCUCCCAGCUCAGCCAUCUGUGGUUGACCAGGCCAGGGUCCCUAGCUGUGGCAGUCUACUGCAGUCCCGCCUCUGGGACACCAAUGCCCCUCGCCAGCCUAUGCUCAGAACCCACAGUGAGGCUUGGCCUUGGAGUGCCCACCAGGCAGGCGGGGCUCUGACAGCCAGGGGGUGGGCACCAGGAACUCCCCCUCCCCUGUUCUCCCUGACCCUUCACCCCACCUCCCAUCCCUAGAACCUUUACUCAAGGGCUCAUAGACCACUGUUCCCACCACCUCACGCAUAAAAACACAAUCAGACUCUGUCACUGGGGCUGGGAACAGAGCUGCUGCCUAUGAGCCCUACCCUGGGCCAUGGUGGUUCUCAGUGGCCAGGAGGGAAACUCAGCCCCUCAGGUUCCUGACUAGGCAUGGCCCGCCCCACUCGGGUUGCAUCCCUCCCUACCCUACCCACACUUCCCUGACCCCUCACAGGCUGGCCAGCGGCCUGCUAGAAGCCAUUUGCAUAUCUGUUGGAAGCACUUGCCCUGUGCCCCAUCCCUGGGCUCUGGGAGGCCUAGGGCCCCCACCGCUGAAGGACAGGCACCCUGGUCCUGGGAGGGCACAGGCAUGUGCCUAAGGCCGCGUGCUGACCCUGCAGCAGGACAGGGCCCUCCUUGCUCCCAUCUCACUGGACCAGCGCGGGUCCCACCAUGGAGUAGAGGGCUGGUCACCAUGGCAGGGGGCGUGGGGCUCCCAUAUCUCUGGAAGAAGCAGCUUCAUCUUUGCUUGUCCUCCUCACUAGGGUCUAAAAGCAGGAUGGGCUUGGCGUGGGCACAGCCCAGCCCAGUGCUUCCUCCCUGGCCAGCGGUCACACGAGAUGUGGGCACCCGAGUGAGGGAGUGAGUGGAGUGGCUCUUUUAAAGGGCAGUCCCUGUCAGUGUCAGGAGGCUGGGCUCUGGUGCUCUGCACUUGGGUGUGCCCCUGGGAGGAGGUGGGAUUUGGGGAGCCCUGGGGUCAGUUGUUCUCAAGCCAGUGAGGUGCUGUGGUCUCCUGUCCACAAGUGGAGCUUCCGGGGCCACCUGGAGCACAGGCCCUCUUGUACAUAUUGGAGUACAUGUUAGAUGUGCCCCGCUGUCCCCACGCACACGGAAGCACGGGUCUCCUCUCAGUCUCUGCUGCAUUUGGAAAACAGUCCCACACAGCGCCAGCCUUGGCCCCUGGCUGUCUGGCCGUGCUGCCCACUCUGGCCACUUGCUUUGGGGGCAAAGCUUCCUUGUGCCCACAGCAUCUCCCAGGACAUCACAGGACAGGGCGACCCCAUCUGUACUCAGCGACUCUGCCCCCGCCCCACAGCCUUCCGCAGGGCUGAGUGGACAUGCAGCAGUCACCAGGCACCUACGGACCUGCAGAUGUCCCCUCCAGGACAGGUUCCCCAGGAGGGGAGCCAAGGACAGCAGAACUGUCCAAACAACAAGUCUGAACUUUUUGGGAACUGGAACGGUUUCACUUGAACCCAGGAGCGUUUAAAGCUUUAUUUAUUUAUAGCUUCUUAUUAAAAAAAAGUGUUGAGAAGAAAUCUUUUGGUUAUUCGUACAAAAAAAUGAGUUGCUGAUGGAGAAGCAGGUCAUAAUCACCUAAUUGUUUCUGUCUAGGUUGAGAAUGAAUGUUAGCAGAUGAAAUAAACCUGAAAAGGAC